CUUAACGCUACGUUAGAUGGAGUGCUAACCUAGCCCGCACGUUAGCUUACCUGACGUGUUUUGCUCAGGUUUAUCGUUAUGUUACGCUGCUGAUAGGUCGGAUAACGUUGCACUCAUCACAGAUCCUGAGCCAUGGUGAAAGAACGGGCCCAGAAGAAGUCCUUCCAGCAGAGUCUGGAGGACAUAAAGGAGAAGAUGAAGGAGAAGAGGAACAAACGGUUGGCCAGUGCCUCAGCUCCCAGCAGAGGACGGCCCAGAACCAUAAACAAAAGCAGUGUGGCUAACUCCACCCACACCGUCCUGAAGGGUGUCCAGCAGAACAACAAGACACUGGCCGUAGCCUUGCAAGCUGAGAAGGAAAAAGUGAGGCAGGCCAACGCAGUGAUCCUGCAGCUGAAGAGGGAGCAACAGGCCCUGUUCCUUCACCUGCUUCUGCUCAAGAGGAAGCUCAAAGAGCAGGAAGCUCUGGCUGCGAGCGCUUCAGAGACUAAACCUCCAAACACGCACGUUGAACGCCAACAUCAUGCGGAUUCAGCAAGGAGAAAGCAGACCAGCCAGAACCUUGAUGACCCUGUCGUGUGCAAAGCCUCACCAAUUUGUGCAGACCCUCAGCCCACUGAAAAGAAUUUGCAUUCUGAAUGUGGCAAGGUGGGUACUUUGCCUCCCACAGUGGGCGUGAGGCGUCGCCAUGCAGAUAGAAGAAGCAGGAGGAGGUCUGAGCGCGUGCGAGAGAAGGGGUCAUUGAGUGAGGGCGACCCCAAUGCAGGCUUGGGUGCUUUAAUAGCAAGUCCUAUUUGCGGUGAUGAUGGAAAUCCGAAUCAGCCACAGCAGGGUGCAGAACCAGAUUUAGCAGACCCCGUUGACACUGUAGAGUUUCAGCAUUCAACUCCUGAACCUCUCCCACCCAAAAAACCCAACCAACAGCGGCCCAGCAGGAAACAAGCCCAGCAGCAGCCCCGCACCAAACCAGAACCGGCUGCACGAAAACCAGAGAGAGGACGCAAACAAGAGCGUGCCCCAUUAAAGAAACCAUGGGAGAAUCCCAAACCCAGAGCCCGCUCCAAGAGUCGGGACCGGUCAGCCACACGAGCUAAAACGGCACCUCCAUCCCAGGGGAAUAAGCUCAACACCUCCCUGGGAUUUAAUGACACAUUUGACUUUGACUGUGAAGAGGCGGUUCACGUCACGCCAUUCAGGGCCAAGGCGGAGGACAAUCAGCCGGCCACGACCAUCAGCAAAGAGACUCCACAUAGAGGCCAAACUGAAGCUUUACCUGUAAAUUCCAAACAAAACAAUUCCUGCUCAUCAUCACCGUCUUCUGAAUCAGAGGACAGCCUUUAUGUCCCUCAGAAGACCAGACGGAGACAGACUUCCCCCGACAAGACCAAAGUGAUCACUCGUAGAGGCCGGCCCUCUAAAGUCGCCAGGCAGAAAGAAAACAUCCCUCCAAAUCAGGAGGUCUCCGUCUUCAGAGAUGAGGAGUCGAGUCCUAAGGCUGUAGAGCCAGAAAAGGAAGAAGCUUAUCCUCAUCAGUCCCCUGACUCUAGCUUCUCCAACAGCCCUGAUCCGGUGAGGUUGGGACAGGAAAAUCACCAAGAGCCUCAUGGAGGGGUUAUUGAGAAGGAUUGUUUGCCCCCUGUCAGCCCUCUGGUUGAAGCUGAGAUGAUGAGAAUAGACAACGUCCUGUCCAAUUUUGGAGAUUCCUCCGGAGAAGCUCCUGCUCUUGUACCCCACCAAACGCCCCAGAGGGUCAGGACGUGCAAGAAACGUGGGCUUGGUGUAAGGACAGCGGGGCGGGGCUUGAGUCUGUGUGAUGUGACCAAUCUGUCCCCUGCAGCCUACCGCAAGUUCUCCUGUGGUGGCUCACGCCCCUCUGAUGCCCGAUGCUCCACUCCUGUUCCUGCUCGCAAGCGACGCUGCACCAUGGUGGUGGACUACAAGGAACCCACGCUAAACGCGAAACUUCGGCGGGGAGACAAGUUCACAGACUUGCAGUUCCUCCGCUCUCCUAUUUUCAAGCAGAAGUCCGGCAGGAAGUCUGUGCAGAAAUCAAGACAGUCCAUCAACAGCCAGCAGACAUUCGAGAAAUACAACGAGUCAUUUGUUGGAUGUCGCUGAAAGUAGCUACGUUGUUUGUCCUGUCUGAACCCUGACUGUUGGCUGGCAAUGUCUGUUUUCAAUGUGAUUUUUCUUUUAAGAGUUUUAACAAGUAGUUUAGUUUUUCACUCUGAUGUUGUUUAUAUUAAGUUUUUUUCCAUGUGAUGAAGAACUGUGAUCAGUUUUAGAUGUUAAUUUUGACUUUGUUCGCUGCUUAUUUCUUCUCUCCUCCAUUUCUCCUCAUUACAUAAUGUAGUAAUGGCUAUAUUAUGAAGAUGAGAAGACUUUCAAAUUAUAUAUGUCAUCAUCUUUCUUAAAGUCUUUAUGUUUUUUUUAUUAUGAAAUACUGAAUAUGAGUACAUAUUAUCAUCUAAUAAAUUCCAAUUUGUAUCUCCUGCUGUGAUGUGACAAUAAACAUUAUUUCUUCA